UAUACUGAACAUGUCAAAAUAGUUUAUUUUGCGAAUAUCUUUGCACAUAAAAAUAAUAAAAUCUUGAUCUUUUUUUUUUAAAGAUGCACCAUGAGAAGCUCUACAAAAUUUGUAUUAAUAAAUCAAUACUGGCAUGUUUUAAUGGUUUUUCCCAUAUAACAAAUGUAUAAUCUACAUAAUAGUGCUACUUUUCACUAUAUUGUACGUAAUAAAAAUGUAUGGAAGAUUUUUUUUGUUUCGCACUAGAGAUUUGUUCAUACAGCUUUCGGUGGUUCAUCGUUAAAAAAGCAAGAUAUUAUCAUUUUCUUUAGCCUAGACAUACGCAAAGCAUAACAAAAAAAAAAUCUUCCAAACAUUUUUAUUAUGCUCGACACGAUGGGAUGUAGCACUAUCAUGUAAGUUGUACAUUUUGAGUAUGAGAAAAACCAUCAGAACGUGUCAGUAGAGAUUGCUGCUUAUACAAUGUUUGCGAAGUAUUUCGUGGCGCCUUUUUUAAAAAAAGAUCAAGAUUCUAUCAUUCACCUAUGCCGAGAUAAGAAAUGUUGUAAAUAUUUUGGAACAGUCGAUAUAAUUCAAAUUUAAGAAAAUUUUUUUACCAUCAACUUGAUAUGUAAAAGAGAAAAGUGUAUAUAGGAAUGAAACUUCGAAUUUUUCUUACGAAAAUCGCCCAACGAUUCUUUAUUUAUUUAGUAUUUGUUGAUACUGGUAUUCGAAGUGGAACUGAUGUAUUAAAAGCAUUAGCAUUAGGUGCACGAGCUGUUUUGAUCGGUCGAGCAAUUUUAUAUGGUUUGGCUUGUGGCGGACAAGAUGGUGUUCGAAGAGGGUGUGGGUGA